GCCUUCGAGGAGUAUAGGCGUUACACUAAGAUCAUACAACGCCUACACUGGAAAGGACGCUUCCUGCAAGCGGGAUACGAUCAGGCCAUAACCCGCAUCGGCCGCCAUCCGGAUGAGAUCGCCCACGAUGAGAUGCAGUUCAAAUUAGACUUUUUUGAGUGUUACAUGCUCAUUGAACGCGCCCUCGUCCACCUACUAGGUGUGUGGGGCAUCCAGGUCCACCGCGAACUUCUGAACAGUGUCCACAACCGGUUCAGGAGCAAGAACGGUGGUGGACCCGAGCGGUAUCAACUCACACACCGAUACCAUGCCAAUGUUCUCGGUGCUCUUGGAAACCCCCAAAACCCACUCUUCCCAAUCUUUGGUACGGGGGAAAUCAAGAGACAACUCGCCCGAGCUAAGGAGCUGCGCAACCGGUGGAAGAACGGCUUAGACGACUCUGGUUACGCGCCUGCACCCUUGGCGACCUACGAGCUAGACAUUAUUCUCUCCACAAUCAAGACCGGCCUUGACCAGGGCUAUGCUAUGGCACAGGAAUAUUUGGGUAUAGCCCCACCUUCGACGAGCGGGUUGUCCAACCCGGUGCAUUGGAGUCAAGAAGAGGAAGACUGGAAUUUUAUGGUGGAUGCGAUGGAUUGGGAAGCUGUUUGA